AUAUAUCAGCAAAGACAAUAAAUAUCUUAGGUUACAACAAAAUAUCAACAAAGUCAAAACUUAUAAAACAAUAAAUAUCUAAGCCUAAUUAACGAUUUUACUGCAACAAAAUGAAGGAUUACCUUAGGAAGAGUAUUGAUUUCAAUGUCGAACGCAAACAGGAGCUGGGCGACUUUCGCACCUAUGGAUUUAUGAAGACGGUCAGAUCGGAUACACCGAUCCCGGCGGCUCAGAAGCAAGUUAGUGCCACAACACUGACGGAGAGGUUGCACUCCAUACACGGAAGGGUGUCGAUGUUUGUAGAAAGCGAGGUGGGAUCAGAAGGACUACCCUCUAAUAUGCCUUCAGUAAUAUCCAUCUCACGCCAAUCGAAAGGUAUGACCUCCUUUGAGAUGAAACGGAAACUAUUUGAUGAGGCGGAGUUCACCAUAACCCGAGGCAAGAAACUAAGUGAUCUCACUCAUCCAGAAGAAUCUGGCGAAACUAUUGCCUUUAAAGAUCCAGGAUGUUCGAGUAUGGAAGAAAUCGAGGCAUAUUGUGACAGAAUGCACAUUAAGUUUGCCAAAUAAUUCGUAUACGGGUUCUAUAUUUUAUUCAAGUUUUCCUAGAAGCUUCUACUUACUUUUAUAUUGCUUAAAUCAAAUUGAUCUAGUUACCAGCAAACAAAGUGUCACUAAACAACUAACAUCCAAGCUGACAAUAUAUUACUAUACAUUUACCACUACCACAAAAUGGCCAAAUACUUUAAGAAGGAUAUUGACUUCGAUGUUGAUCAGAAAAGGGAGUCAACCGAUGGACGCACCUACGGAUUUAUGAAGACCUUGAGGUCGGAUACGCCCAUUCCCAUGGCUCAUAAGAAAAUCGGUUCUUCAACACUGUUGAAUAGGCUAAGAACAUGGCACGCUGUGGACUUUAACAAUGAUGAAAGCGAAUCUGAAUCCACUGGAGAGCAGGGUUCCUUAGAUUCAGUGCCGUCGCCGGAUGGUCGAAGAAACUCAUUGACUCCCUUUGAGAUGAAACGGAAAAUGUUUGAUACAGCCGAGUUCACCAUAACACGAGGCCAGAAACUAAGUGAUAAUAUUCAUCCGACCCAUUCCGGAUUAAAAAUGAAUAUCAAAGAAACUGAAAUUGAUUAUAUGGAAGAUCUGGAGGCAUAUUGUCGCAAAAUGAACAUCAAGUUAGCCAAAUAAUCGACCUAAUUUCAUACUUUGUAUACAGCUUCUAAAGCUAUAAAUAAAGCAGACGAUAAUAUUUUCCUCUA